CGAGGUCUCCCCCUCUUCUCACGUCGCUUCACAUUCGCAUCAUUGUUAUCUUUCAUUUUGCUGCCCGUCGCUCGCAUUUGACUCAUAAUACUCCCCAUUCAUUCUCCCAUCUCCUGCCGAACGGGCAGAACCCUAUAUCGAUCACGGGGGAAGACGAGUGGAGUCGUCGCUAUCCGAGGUCAAGAUGUUACCUUCAGUAGCGCCGCUACCGCCCGUUCAACCACAUCAUCACCUUCACUACCGUCAUGGAUCCGACACUUCGAAUAAACCUUACGACUUGAACGCCUCCUUCUCCGCUACUCUUCCUCAUAAUGAUCAUGGCAAGAAUCCCUUCCACUCCAUACCUCGGACCCGACUGCAAUACCCCCAUCCGAUCCAGCGUCUCGGUGUUCCGGAUGCCACAGGCCCUUUAACGAAUUCGAAGAGUGCGGGCGAGCACGCCUUGCGGAGGAAGACCCCCAAUGGAACGUUAGCGGCAGGUUACGACGGGACCCCAGUGGAUAUCACCAUUCAGCCUCCCGCCAGCAAGCAUAUCCUAGUGUCGCCUCUCGACUCGAGUCAUCUGGUUCCUCCACAGGCUGGAUUCGCGUUGGAUGCAUGGCAGCAACCCGUUCUUGAUCGCACUUCAUCCGGAAAGCAGUUGAACUUUCCACCCGUAUACAAGAAUGAAACGACGAGGGGAAACGCAGUCCCUGGAGAGAUGGCUCAAGGUAUCAAUGGGGCAAGCUGGAUCCGGUCCUUGGAUUACGUACCGGGCAUUGAUUCCGUGCUGAAUCAAACCUUGCCGAUGCAACCCUCGCAACAGCGGUUCUAUUGGCAUAAUGGUGCUUAUAUCCCUACGGUUCUCCCCGCAACCCUGCAACCGUGCGUCGGUCCCACAGCUUCAGCAGGGACCGGUCCGUAUGGGCCGUACUGGCCCGACGGGGCUUACAUUCCUUAUCGCCCAGCAGCCUUUCGGGAUGCUCGAUUUCAUACCCCCAGCCCGUUUCCCAAAGCCAUCAAUGCUCCUAGCCUUCAAUUCCUCGAUGCUGGUCAGCCAACCUUGAACCGGGCGGGCUUGUCUGUCGCCAGCCAUCCUGAUUCGGAUCUAGCUUGGAACCAGACCCCGACGGGAAUGCACAAUGCCGAAAUACCCCUGCAGAACAACUUUCCUCGACGCCACUCGGAACAGAAGGUUCUAGAAACUUCAGCACAUCAACUGGUCCUGCCGUUCCACACCCGUCAACCUACCACAAAUUCGGGGUUUUCGUCGCGAACGAUUCACGAUGCGUCAUCAUGGCCGAGCUCCGCGGGUCUUCAGGGAUACCAGAACACGGACCCUGUAGGCAGCUCACGUGCAGUAAACGCAGAGUUCAAGGAAAAGGUGUUGACAUGGGCCCAUGGAGUUUAUGUGGAUCUUCUUGCAUCUAUUCACCACGCGCGACGAAACAGCAUAUCUAACUCGACCACUGAGGCUCAGAGUCAACGGCUCCUGAAGCCGAGUAUAUACCCUAAACCGCCCCGACAGCCCGGGCUUGAUUUCUCAAAUCCCGCUGCUACUGACCUAUCCCGCCACAACAGCUUUCCACCACCUGGUCAUUUAGAUUCUCAUGUGUCAAGAUCCAACGACAUCAAUCACUCAGGGCAAAAUGAUCCGAGUCGCCACUUCCAGAGGCCAUCAUUGGCCCAGUUCUCGCAGACUGCAUCUGAUGUUCAGAUGCUUGAUCGAAUACGUCACACAGGCCGCUUUUCUUCUGCCCCAUCCGCCUCUCGCUUCGGUGCGCCCUCUCUCAACGAGGGCUCCACAACUGCCAAUGCCGUGUCCUCCCUCGAGAUGCUCUCGCAUCUCUGUAUGGAGAGCGGUUGGGAAUGGAUCGACGGAAUGCUCCUUGGAGGCUGCCUGGCCUAUGGUCUCGGUGAUUACAACAAGGCUACCCGGUGGUAUUCGCGAAUCAUCGCACGCGAUGCAACGCACGUGGAGGCGAUCUCCAAUCUCGCCGCUACACUUUUGGCGCUGGAUCGUCGAGAAGAAGCAUUGCAACACUGGCUUCGCGCCGUGAAACUGCGCCCAAGCUACUUUGAAGCUGUAGAACAUUUAAUCGGUCUUCUGUGCAGCAGCCAACGGGGCAAGGAGGCGGUUAACAUCAUCGAGUUCGUGCAAAAUUCUCUACGGUCUUCGCUAAGUGGGGAUUGUUUUAAAGCCGAUGAGCAUGCAAGCGAGACGGAGAGUGACGCCGAAAGCAGAGCCUCAAGCGCCUCAGACUUGGGCUCCUACGAAAAAGCCGCCUUCGACUAUGACGAUGAGUUUAGCCGAUCUGUGUCUACGGUCCGUGGUCCAGCGGACGCCAAAACCGCCGGGUUUGGCUCGAGUGGGUACGCCAUACCCGGCUGCGACAAUGGCCGGAUAUUGGCUCUUGUUCACGCGAAAGGAAACAUGCUUUAUGCAUUGGGUGACAACGUGGGGGCUGCGGCAGCGUUCGAGGAUGCGAUCUUGAUUGCUGCCGGACGAAGACGCCACGGAAUUCAAAAUCUGAUCAAGCAGAUUUUUGCGGCUUUCAUGCAUGGAAGCAAUCGUGUUCAUCCCGCCGGAGAGUCGCGUGAGCCGCAGGAAAGUAUUCUUCUUUAUCCCGACCAGGCGCUCCAGACUUCCAAAUUGGUGUUCACACCAUGUGGAACACCCCCGGGCAUCAAAUUUGUGGCGGAAGGUCUAGCGAGGAAGGCCGCUGUUUCCACGACGAGCAACUCGUUACUCUCCCUUGCCAAAAUCUACCAGGAUGGCAUGUCCAACAUCUCGACCUCUGGGAUUCCGAGGACCGCCCCAGGCGUUCGGGACAUCCUCGCGCUCUACUACCUUUCUUUGUCUCUCCAGCCCAGUCCGUCGACAGCGAACAAUGUGGGGAUUCUAUUGGCCGGAAUUCACAAUAAAGUCCCCAAGAAGGGGCUUCCACGGUCCAACGGGGAAAUUCAGCACCCCGAAAUCCCUGGGGUUAUUCCCGGGACGGGGAUUUCGUUGGCCUUGGCGUACUACAAUUACGGACUGCACUUGGAUUCGCGGCAUGCACACCUCUACACGAAUCUCGGAAGUCUUCUGAAGGAUAUAGGCCAGCUUCAAGCGGCGAUCCGGAUGUACGAGCAAGCGGUCCAGUGUGACGGUAAUUUCGAUAUUGCUCUAGCCAACUUGGCCAAUGCGGUCAAGGAUGCUGGACGUGUCAACGAUGCCAUCGCCUACUACAAGCGGGCUGUCAAGGUGAAUCCCGAAUUUGCCGAGGCAGUUUGUGGCCUGGCCAAUGCUCUAAACUCUGUCUGCAACUGGGUUGGUCGAGGUGGUGUCGGCAACGGGAUUGGUUUUCGGGACCGGUGGCAUGUCGAUGAGCAAGGGAUGCUUCGGGAUGCAUAUAGUAACGAGACUGGUACAGGCUGGAUCAAGCGGGUGGUUGAGAUUGUCGACCGUCAGCUCCGAGAAGGGGAGUCAUGGGGCCAGGGCUUGCUGACCUCGAAUGCAGUCGAACAACUGUGCGCCCAGUUGGUCCCCGCAAUGAAGAUCCGCAACCAGGCGGCGGCUAGUUCCCUGGCGGCUAUUCUUCAGUCCUGGGCCGGCCAGCGAUGGGAGGGCGCAAGGGUGGUGCGACUCGUGGAGCGUGCCAUCAGGUCGAUCACCUGGCAAUGGUACCAGGAUCGCUACGUUUAUGGCAAGGAAUACCCCUUAACCAAGUACCGGCGGCCUCAGCUGCCUUUGGGCCUGACGGCGCCGAACGCGCCCACCGUGCUGCCGUUUCACACCUUCACAUGCCCGCUCUCAGCCAAGCAGAUUCGCCAGAUCUCGCAGCGGAAUGGGCUCCGCAUAUCUUGCUCGACGCUACGCUCGCCUUGGCUUCCAGCCACAGUUUACCCACCGCCCCCACCCCCAAAUCCUUAUCUCAAAGUCGGAUACGUAUCGUCAGACUUUAACAACCAUCCUCUUGCGCAUUUGAUGCAGUCUGUCUUUGGUCUGCAUAAUCCGUCACGGGUCAAGGCCUACUGCUAUGCCACCACCGCCAGCGACAAAUCGAUCCAUCGACAGCAGAUCGAGAAAGAAGCUCCGGUGUUCUACGACGCGAGCGGGUGGCCCGUCGACCUUCUCGUGAAGCAGAUUGUUGACGAUGGCAUUCAUAUUCUGAUAAACCUAAACGGUUAUACCCGCGGUGCGCGGAACGAAGUGUUUGCUGCCCGACCUGCACCCAUUCAUAUGUCCUUCAUGGGGUUUGCAGGAACGCUGGGGGCUGAAUGGUGCGAUUACAUUCUAGCGGACGAGAUAUCGAUCCCCACCGAAACACUGGCUCCGGGCCGACGCAAUGUGCGAAUCGAGGACCGACUACUCGAGCAAAAUCACGGGGAGGACCUUGAGGAUUGGGUCUACGGGGAAAAGCUGGUCUAUACACGUGACACAUUUUUCUGCUGCGACCAUAGGCAAAGCGCGCCUGAUGCUCAGGAUCCGCAGAUCGCAUGGGAGCAGGAGCAGAGUCGAAGGUGGCGGAUGCGGAAGGAGUUGUUUCCUAAUCUCAGCGAUAACACCAUCAUCCUCGGCAACUUCAACCAGCUGUAUAAGAUUGAACCCACCACCUUCCGCACCUGGCUGCGCAUUCUCGCCCACAUCCCCAAUGCCGUGCUUUGGCUCCUCCGCUUCCCCGACCUCGGCGAACGCAACCUCAAGGAAACGGCCAUCGCCUGGGCGGGCGAAGAAACUGCCUCUCGCAUCAUUUUCACUGAUGUUGCACCCAAGAAUAUGCACAUCGCCCGUGCUAGAGUCUUGGAUCUGUUUCUGGACACUCCGGAAUGUAACGCUCACACCACGGCCACGGACGUCCUCUGGAGCGGCACUCCGCUUCUAACCUUUCCCCGCUACAAAUACAAGAUGUGUUCUCGCAUGGCGAGCAGUAUCCUCAGUAGCGCCCUCCCAGACACCGAGGCCGGUCGCGCCGCUCGGGAGGAAUUGAUCGCCACCUCGGACGAAGACUACGAGAACAAAGCCAUUCGCAUGUGCCUGGGCAUGAAUGCGCGCCGUACUGCGUCCGCAGAGACAUCGCCAACAGGCCGACUCUCCGAGAUCCGAAAGAUGUUAUUCCAGGAACGCUGGAAAGGCCGACUGUUCGAUACCGCGCGAUGGGUACGGGAUCUUGAGGACGCAUAUGAUCGCGUCUGGCAGCGAUGGGUGGCUGGCGAAGAAGGCGAUAUCUGGUUAUGAUCUAUCCAUCUGGGUGUGCGACAUAAUAAGCCAUGCAAACUCUCUCACUCUAAAUAUACCCCCUUGAGCGAUUUUUCUUUGAUUAUGUCUUGUUUUGAUUACAUGAUACAUGUCCGGGGUUUAUAUCAAUUUCUUU